AUGGGACGUAGGUGUCGUUACAGAUUAAAAAAACGCAGAGUUCGCAGAAGGAGAACUUCAUUGGUUCAACAUCGACAGUGUGGUGGUACUGUUUCGAACAGUGAAGUGACUCGAAAACGAGAACAGCAGCAUCAACGGGAAGGGCAACAGCAGGAACAGCGAGGAAUGCAAGAACAGCAACAAGAAAUAUCAGUGUUACAUGAAUUCGAGGAGCUUGCACGGCAAGAAGUGAGCAGGGUAUUUCAAAUGCUUUACAACCAUGCAGAACUCAUCUUCGACUUAAGCAGGGCGAAAUUCGCGAGCGAAAUACGUGAUAAAACAAAUCAGUUUGUGGAAUAUGAAGAAGAGAGGUUUAUUAGACAUCGCUUCAGAAUCGAUAAUCAGCUUCUUCAAGAAGCGAUAAAUCGAAUGGACGUUAAAGAAUCCGAAUAUGAAUUAAGGUACUUCUUGAAUAUGUUCAAGAGCGAUGACUUGGUUGCUAUCGAUCUACUAUUUCGAGAACCGUCCACAGACCCAGAGACUGGAAAUCCUGAUAGAGAAGACAAGGAUCCAUAUACCGAGGAUACAGAUCAAGAUGCAGAGGAUAAAGGUUCGGAUGAAGAAUGUAAAGAACAAGAAGAAGAGGACAAAUACUCUGAUGAAGAGGACAAAGAACCAGAUGCAGAGGACAAAGGUUCGGAUGAGGAGGACAUGGACCCAGAUGCCGAGGAUUAUAAUCCAGCUACAGAGGAUAAAGAGCCUUUCAGAAUCCGCAAUUAA